AUGGAAUACCUAGGAAUCAUUGUGUUGGACAAAGGUUUUAGCCUGGAUAAACUUAAGAUCCAGGCAGUCCAGGAAUGGCCAACGCCAACCAAGGUCAAAGAAGUCCAAUCCUUCCUAGGGUUUGCCAAUUUCCUACAACGGUUUGUAGCCAACUUUAGUCACAUGGCACAACCCUUGCACAAUUUGGUUAAAAAGGAUACAGCUUGGAAUUGGGGCACCAAGGAACAAGAAGCUCUCCAGGGUCUAAAGGAUGCCAUCACAAACGCGCCAGUUCUGUGUCACGCUGAUCCAGCAAAACCCUAUUUCCUAGAAACAGAUGCAUCCGGCGCAGCCUUGGGUUCCAUACUGAGUCAACAACAGGAGGACGGACAACUACAUCCCCUGGGUUUCCUGUCAGAAUUGUUCAAGGGUGCCAAACAAAACUAUGACACCCACAAUAAGGAACUCCUGGCAAUUAUCUGGUCAUUCAAAUACUGGCGUAUAUUCUUGGAAGGAACAGAACAUCCAAUCACUGUCUUCACGGAUCAUUGUAACCUGGAGUAUUGGAAGGAGUCUAGAACCUUCAACCAAUGCCGUGCACAAUGGCACCUUCUAUGA